AUGGGUGUAGGUACUUGGAAGCAUUUUGUAAAAAAACAUUGGGAGCCUCAAUCAACUUGGAAGAGUGAUAGUGACUGGAAGGCAAGAUAUUACAAGUUGUACUCAUCUCGAGGUCUAUCUAUCCAGAAAGAGGAUCCACCACGUCGUAUAUCAUUCUUGAACAAUGAGAUAUCUCCCUACGCCUCUCUUCUUAUGAAGUUACGAGCGAGCAACGAAGGGUCCAUGACUUCGACAUUACCAACCCCACCUUACUUCAGAUCCCUAAUGUCACAACAAAGUGAAAGUAACCGAAGUCAAUCAGAAAACUCCUGUUUAGACACACUGCUUCUAAAUAUGGUGCGAUCUCAAAGCAAAGAAAUACGCGACGAAGUUCAAGACAGGACACCUGCUUUACCCAGUGAAAACCUUAUACAAGAGCCGUUUAACGAGCCAUGCAUCCACGGGUUGAGUCUGCGCAUAACUGAUCGCAGUGUAUCCCGAUCACGUUUUUCUCGAAUUUCCACACGUCGCGACAUGGAUAUACCUUCUAUACUGGCAUUUAGCGCUUCUGAUGACACACCGGCCCCUGUAGAAAUACCGGCGUUCCAAAAGCCAGCUUCACCGAAAAAAGAAGAGAGGCCAAAAUGGUCCAUCCGUCGCUCAGUAUGCCCUGUCUGUUCCCAAAAAUGGCGAGACCGCAGCGCCCUUAAAAAUAUAAGAGCUUCAGGACUUAAAAGAAAUUUAACGAACGAUCUACCAUCAGUAAUUGCUCCAGCGCGCCUGAGAGCAGCUGCAACAACAGGAUACACACCACGGCCUAUACCAGCAGCGGAAGACAAAGACAUCGGCCUUGUCUUAGGAAGUUUUAGGAGCUCCAGUAAUUCAUGGCAGUUGACGAGGGCCAGAAAGUUUCGUAUACCAAAACCUCGCCAACCACCACCAGAAGCUUUAGCUCCAAUCAGUUCAACUGCUCCAACCGCUAAAAAAGACUUAGAUUUACGCGUUGAUCGCUUUCUUGCUACGCAAUGUUAA